AUGGCCCCUCUUUCAUCCGUUUGUUUAUCUUUAGCAUAUAUAAUAGUACUAGUCUUCUUUUGCCACUUUGAGCUGUGUGUUUCCUUCAAGUCCAAACAAUUCAACUUAUCAACCAUUGAAAUCCAUUGGUCAUCUGCCGGAGCCACUUGGUAUGGCAGCCCUGACGGCGCCGGAAGUGAUGGAGGUUCUUGUGGGUAUGGUAAUGCAGUGUCACUGCCUCCUUUCUCUUCCAUGGUAACUGGAAUCGGCCCAUCUCUCUAUAAAUCAGGCAAAGAAUGUGGAGCCUGUUAUCAGGUGAAGUGCACCAAACAUCCCUCUUGUUCAGGAAAACCGGUCAGGGUGGUGAUAACAGAUUUUUGCCCUGGAGGCCUUUGUGCAUCCGACUCGGCACAUUUCGAUCUGAGUGGAACAGCAUUUGGUGCCAUGGCAAUUACCGGUAAAGAAGAUAAAUUUCGUGAUGCUGGAAUAUUGGAAAUUCGAUACGCAAGAGUUGCCUGUGACUAUUCAGGAAAAACAAUAGCCUUCCACGUUGACAUGGGGUCAAACUCUAACUACUUUGCAGUGCUGGUUGAGUUUGAAGAGGGAGAUGGUGAUCUUGCCGGUGUCUAUCUGCAGGAGGCGUCAAGGGGGUCGGGUGACUGGCGAGCCAUGCAACAAUCAUGGGGUGCGGUGUGGAAGCUUGAUGCUGGGUCAGAAUUACACCCUCCAUUUUCAAUCCGAUUAAAAUCUCAAUUAUCAGGCCAAACCCUGGUUGCCAAAAACGUGAUCCCACAAGGCUGGAAGCCUGGAGCCACGUAUAGAUCCUUGGUUAAUUACCUGUAGGCUUGGGCAGUGCUCCCAAGGCCAUGCAUCGAAUGGGGAUCGAGUCAAAGUUUAGACCCUGGAAUUGUGAAAACUCUCCAUCUUAUGAGGUGAAGCGAGACUUCCUGACCAAAUGAGCAAAGCUUAAAUAUGGUCAAUUAAGUAUGUUAAUUAGCAGUUCAA